AUGGCAUCAGUGACACCGAGCAGAAACCCACCUUUGAAACCGCCGCAAUCGCGCGGCUCGUCUUCGCGGAGAGCCCCGCUUGCCUCCGGUGCAGGCAAGCCCGGAAGCAACAAGACGAGCUUGUUGGAUGCUGGAUCUCGAAGCAACAAACUCACCAUCAGAUUGUUGCCUCCGUCGCUUGGAGAACGCGAAUUUUUAGCCCAGUUGGCUCAAAUCUACCCUUACCAUGCUACCAAGAUCAUGCAAUUCUAUUAUGUCCAAGGCUCGUAUCCGCUGAAGCCUUUUGAAGUGCCCGUGUACAGCAGAGCUUAUGUUGCGUUCAAAAACGUCACCGAUAUGGAGGCGUUUGCCAAUUUUGUCAAGGGCAAGUCGUUUGCUGAUGACAGAGAUUCUACAGUUCCCAUGGUGGAAAGGUCUCUUUUCCACAAGAUGGUGGACUUGAGAAGCCAGCUGUUUCUGGAAGACGCCGGAGACAAGGGCAAGAACGAUCCCAAGUGGAGUUUGAGUGAGGAUGAGAUUUUCAAAAAGUUUUUGAGCUUUUUGAAUAAUGAGACUCCUGAGUUUAACCUUGUCAAGGCGAAGAAGCAAGUGCGAAAACGCAAGGAGAAAGCUCCCGCUGCUGAGGCAAAGAACAAGAAGGCAAAAGGUAAUGAACCUAAAGCUAAAGAAGCAAAGAAGGAAGAAAAUGAAACGAAUGGAAAGAAGAAGGAGAAGAAGGAGAAGAAGGAGAAGGAGAACGCCAAGGGCAACAAGAGCGGUAAACGCCGCUCAAGAAAGCCCCAUGAACCAACCAAGCCCUCCGAAGGAGAACCGGGAUCAGAAACCAAAGAGGCAACCGCCAACAAAAAGAAAAGACCAAAGAAGGAAGCCAAACAGAGUGGUAAAACCGAAACAACUGAUGCAGAUAUCAGUAAUAAUAAUAAUAAUAAUAAUGCUAGUACGGAGAAAUCUACCCCUACGAAGCGCACACGAACAAAGAAGCGGCCUCCAAAGAAGAACAAACCAGCUGGUUCAUCCGAGGGCAACAGCAAGCCCCCCGCGCCGAGUGAGGGGCCGGUGCCAAUCGAGUCGCAAAGACCCAAGCAAGCACCCGCGGCACCAAUCAAGCCCAUCAAGAUAUUAACGUCCAAGAACGACAAAAGCACAAACACAAACACAGCAGACACUGGAUAA